UCGGAGGAGUAGCUAAUAGCAACCCAUUGACUAUCCCAUCCCCCAAUCCGACACCUACUCUUUUGGGGGGCCAGCCUCUUUCGUCUACUCCCACUCCCCUCCCCCCGAUUUCUCAUCUCUCGUCCCGUUUCCCGCAUUUGUCACCAGGAAAUCUUCUUGUUCCCUUUCCGUUACAACUGCGUGGUUGUUGUCCUUGUUGUUGGGGGUUUCCUAUUUUUUGUAUAUGAUCAGGACCUCCUCCCUAUGCAUCACGCGCCAUAGACUUGGACUCCGUUGCGUCGGCACAGGGCAUAGAUUGGCUCAUUCAAGCGUCCGCGCCCCUCACAUCGUCACCGAGCUGAGCAACAUGGCCGCCAUCCCUCACCCCGAGUUACCGCGCCCGGCCCAUCUCGACCGCGACUCUGCGCUCGGGCGCAAGUUCGGGAAGGAGGUGACCAACUACUUUGGAGGCUCGCCCAUCAACCGAGUCUCGUUCCUGCGUGAAGACUACACCUUCCUCGCCGGCGCGUUUGCGCACCCGACGACCCGAUUCCUCGUCUACAAGACCCUCUCCCCGCUCAUCAAGUCCCCGACCGAGAUCCACUUCGCGACCUACGACGAGGUCAAGACGUUGCUCCCCAACAACCCCUUCGAGAGGGGCGAAAAGGCGGUCGUGGACGACUUCGACUCGAGCAUAGAUAUCCCCCAGCUGGUGUUUUUGGGGCUGGACGAAAACGUCGCGCAUGGCUUCUCGUACAAGAAUUUCACGGGCGCGCCGCACUGGGCACUGGACAUCACGCCCAAGAGGACCUACGACAAGGAGGCCAACGAGUUGAUCGACGGGAUGUUGGAACAAGGGCUGAAGUUCAGCGAGGGCAUGCGUGCCAUGAACUUCCCGCCCGACAUUGCCGCUCAGUACGCCCAGGGCCGCCACUAUCUCGACUGGAACUACCGCAACACCUUCUGCGGCACGUGCGGCCACAGAACACUCUCCGUCCACGGCGGAGCCAAGCGAGUCUGCCCCCCAACAGACAAGGCCGAAACCCCCCAGGAGCGAGAACCGUGCUCGACCCGAACGACGCUCUCGAACCUCACAUUCCCCCGCACCGAUCCCACCAUCAUCGUCGCGGUGCUCAGCCACGACAGCAAACGCCUCCUCCUGGGCCGGCAAAGGCGCUGGCCUCCGCACUGGUAUUCCACGCUGGCGGGCUUCAUCGAACCGGCCGAAAGCGUCGAGGACGCCGUCCGGCGGGAAGUCUGGGAAGAGUCCGGGGUCGUCCUUUCGCGCGUCCUCGUGCAUUCCACCCAGCCCUGGCCGUACCCGGCGAACUUGAUGAUCGGUGCCAUCGCGCAGGCGGCGUCUCCCGAGGACGAAGAGAUCCGGCUGGAGUACGACCCGGAACUGGAGGUCGCCAAAUGGUUCAGCUUGGAGGAGAUCCAGGAGGCCCUGCAGAACGGGACCAGCGGGCUGGGCGACCCGGCGCCGGAGGGGUACAAGGAGGGAAGUCUGAGGCUGCCGCCCCCCACGGCAAUCGCCAACCAGUUGAUUUCGGCGGUGGUCAAGGGUGGAUUUUUGGAGGGUGUUACGCCCAUCACGAAGCUGUAGAGCGGAGAGGUCUGCCAUUUGUCUGGAUGUGCUCGCUGAGAGAUACUUUUUGUGUUGCGGUUUGUGCAGCUCCGUCCGUUGUGUCAGCCGGAUAGACAUUCAGUGCCUAGAUCCCCCCCCUCCCCC